AUGGAGCGCCAAAACCGGUCCAUCCUGGCUGAGUUUGUGCUCCUGGGUUUUCCUAAAGUGGGGCAUGCCAAGGGCUGGCUCUUCUUCCUGCUCCUUUUGGCGUACCUGUUUACCAUUAGUGGCAACAUGCUCAUCUUCCUUGUCAUCCGGCUGGAUGCAGCUCUGCACACUCCCAUGUACCACUUUGUCAGUGUCCUCUCUUUCCUGGAGCUCUGGUACACAGCCACCACCAUCCCCAAGAUGCUGGCCAACUUGCUCAGUGAGAAGAAGACCAUCUCAUUUGCAGGGUGCCUGCUUCAGACUUACUUCUUCCAUUCCCUGGGGGCUUCUGAGUGCUACCUGCUCACAGCCAUGGCCUAUGACAGGUACCUGGCCAUCUGCCGGCCCCUUCACUACCCAGCUAUCAUGACCCCUACACUCUGUUUCAAGAUGGCAGCCUGCUGUUGGACUUGUGGCUUCCUGUGCCCCAUUUCUGAGGUCAUUCUUGUUUCCCAGCUCCCCUUCUGUGGAGACAAUGAAAUUCCACACAUCUUCUGUGACUUUCCACCCCUACUGAGCCUGGCCUGCAAGGACACAUCCACCAAUGUCCUGGUGGACUUUGCCAUCAAUGCCUUCAUCAUCCUCAUCACCUUCCUCUUCAUUAUGGUCUCUUACGGGAAAAUCAUUGGGGCUAUCUUGAAGAUCAAGACCACAGCUGGAAGGAAAAAGGCCUUCUCCACCUGUGCCUCCCACCUCAUUGUGGUCCUCAUCUUUUUCGGGAGCAUUAUUUUCAUGUAUGUGCGACUAAGGAAGAGCUACUCGCUGACCCUUGAUCGGACGCUGGCAGUGGUCUACUCUGUCCUCACACCGCUGGCUAACCCCAUUAUCUACAGUCUUCGAAACAAGGAGCUCAUCAAAGCCAUUAAGAGGACCAUCUUCCGCAAGGGGGACAUAGGUAGUCCUUCUCACCAUUGA